AUGCAACACUGAGCCUCCUCCUCCUGUCUACAGCCCAGCUGGCAGCAAAGAAGCAUCCUUCCUGGGUCUGGCAGUGUGUCGCCUGCAGAAGUGACGAAAGUUGCACCGAUUCAUGUCUAUUUAGCCUUCUGCGUUCUAUUUUUUUACUAUUCCAUAAGUGUACAGUAAAAUAGCCGCGCUGGAUUCCCAGAAGGAAAACUUUUUCGCAGUUUUCAAGCGUAGAAUGUGGAUUACUGGGAAGGUGGACCAUACUUCGCAGAAAGAGCAGAUCUUCACAGACUUGUACAAUGAGUGUAAAAAUAUUGCUCCUGGUGCUCGUCUCUCCUACAUGCUGCGGACCAGGUUGGAACGCCUUCAAAGGGAGGACAGACGUGAAGUGGUGACUCGCACUAGGGAUGGUUGUGCACCCUUGUUUGUGGCCUGCAAAAGGGGUAAUGUGGAAGUGGUGGAAUACCUUAUCAGCACUUGCAGUGCGGACGUGGAGCAGAGAGGGCUUUAUGAAGUGCCUGAUGACCGAUCAAUUCACAACGUGACACCUCUAUGGUGUGCCUCUGUGGCAGGCCGCUUGGCCGUGGUGAAGUGUCUGGUGCAGCAUGGGGCAGACGUAAACAGUGUGUCAGACACAGGUUCCACUCCUGUCCGUAGCGCCUGUUUCAUGACUCAUUUAGAUAUUGUGACAUAUUUAGUAGAAAAUGGAGCUGAUAUUUCUAAACCAAAUUAUAAUGGUGGUACUUGCCUUAUCAACUCUGUGCAGAGUGUGAAACUAUGCGAGUAUUUGCUGAUGCACAGAGCAGAUGUGAAUGCACAAGAUAUACAGAACAAAACAGCACUGCAUUAUGCUAUCCAGGAGCAUCGUUUUGAAACUACUAGAUUAUUGCUUGAAGCUGGAGCUGAUCCCCACCUCACCAGUCGGUAUCGAGAUGAUGCUUUACAAACAGCCUGUAUUAAGGGAGCAUUUCAGAUUUUUGAAUAUCUGAUAGAAAAAGUUUCAUAUCUGCCCAGUCGGGUUGCAGAUGGUUAUGAACUCUUAGGCACUACCUUCUUGGAUGAACAUCAUGACAUACAGGCUGCUCUACAAUACUGGCGUCGUGCAGCAACUAUCCGUGCAACUGCUGGUGUAUCAAAGGUUGUUCUACCUGCCCGCUCUAAUUAUCAGAAUGCAAUUGAGUUCAGGACUGUGGAGGAGCUAGAAGCAGUGGCUACUGAUCUUAACAGCUUAAGGACACAGAGUUUGCUGAUUUGUGAACGUAUUCUAGGCACAGCUCACAAGGACAUGAUCUUCAGACUCAUGUAUCGAGGUGCAGCUUAUGCAGACUCCUUACAGUAUCAGAACUGCAUCGAUCUCUGGCUGUAUGCCUUGGAACUGCGAAUCCGUCGUGACACUCUUCUUUUCAAUGAAACCUGCUUCACUGCACAGGCACUUGUGCGUCUCUACUUAGACAUGAUAGACAAGCACAGUUCAGGAGUCAUGCAGGACACUGUUGCUUUCAGAGAUGCUUAUCGCACCCUGAGAUUAUUGAUAGAUCAAUUACCAAAUUGCAUGGAGUUACUAUGUCUCCAGCCUGUUCAUAAAAGACACCAGAGUAACUUUGACCACAUGUUGAAGGUAGUGACUCAUAUGUUGUUUGUCUUACUGCACAUCCCUCAUACAGAGGAGCAACGGGAAAAAGCAGUCACAAUGGUUAAAGGAGUUGUUCGCCUUGAUCCCCGAACCUGCCAAGGAGGUCACUCCCUUUUGCAUUUAGCAGCCAUGAAAACAAAUGUACUCAACAAUCAUGCUUUGCUAGAGGAUGACCAUAUGACACCCUUCCCUUCUGCAGCAGUGGUCAGCUUCCUGUUGGAGUGUGGCGCUCCUGUCAAUGCCAUUAAUGACAAGGGCUCCUCGCCACUCUUCAUGGCUUCCCAAGACCUGCUCUUCAAGGAAGAGAUCGUAGAAGUAUUGCUAAAGGCUGGGGGCCACGUGGACCAAGUGACGGCUUCUGGUGAUCGACCCAGCCAGAAUCUACGUCUCAACCCUAAGUGUCAUAUUAGCAUUCUCAGCUAUACAUCCCUCAAGUGUCUGGCAGCAAGGAUCAUCCAGAAGCACCGCAUCCCGUAUGCUGGCGAGGUUCCAAAACACCUUGAAGCUUUUGUCAAGAUGCAUUAACAUUACCAUUUCUUUUCCUCAGUCCAACCUUUUGAUUUCCUGCGAUCACUUUCUAGGGGUAUAUGGAAGGAUGAUAUUUAUUAUGCAACUUACUAGUCACGUGCUGAAGCAUUGCUGUGUGACACUCUAAAUUUCCGGAUGAAAUGCACAGUACAGUGCCAGCCGACAAGUACCAAACAAUGUCUGUACUCGUAUGGAAUUGUAGAUGUGAGAAAGGAUAGCCAACGCUAACCCAUAAGUGUUUUAAUAGUGUUAUUAUCAUUCAUUGUCCUCCUCUGGUGAAGUAAUAGCAUUUUUGGAGAGAGUGAUAAAGGGAAAAAUAAAAGUGGUGUGGACUGUGGACUACUACACCAACCUGACCAUCACCUGCUCCUGAUUUAUAAUAUUGUGUGGCUCAAGUUGUGCUAAUCAUUCUACUUCACUCUAAGUACAUCAUUGGAUUUUUUUCCACAUUAUUUUCCUCACUUGAUAUAUAUAUAUA